ACAUACUUAAUGCCUAUCUCAAUUCUUCUACAAUUAUAAUUUUGUGUAUAGCAAAUUUUACGUUUUAAUUACAUUUACCUGUUAAAAUAUGAUAUCCAAUAUUUACUUAUAAUUUUGGUAUAAAUAUUUUUGUUUUGUUAAAAACUGAGUGUUUUUAGGUUUUUGUCUUAUAAAAUGGCUUUUAGAGUAUUUAAAGGAUGUUGCUUACUGAAAAAUGUAGUUAAUAAUUAUGCAACUAGUUUACGAUUCAAUGGACUUCAUGUUUCUGUGAUUCAUAGAGAUCUGAUGGAAUUUUUUGAUGAUAAAAAAAAUUGGGCUGUUGAACAUGUUAAAGUUGGAAGAGCAUGGUCUAAAGAUGAAUUGCGUAUUAAAAGCAAUGAAGACUUACAUAAACUUUGGUUUGUUUUAUUAAAAGAAAGGAAUAUGUUACUUACUAUGGAAGAAGAAUGUAAAUCACAGUUUGAACUUUUUCCUAAUCCUGAACGUAUUGAUAAAGUUGAAUUAAGUAUGGCAAAUUUAGAAACAGUUGUUCGUGAACGAAAUAAAGCUUAUUAUGAUUUAGAAAUUGGUGAAAAUGGAGAAAGGCCAGGUGAAAUGGUGACAAAUCUUUUAGGAUUGAACUUUUUUUACCGUAAAUUUGAACAUUUAAUUCCUCAGUUUUUGAACAGAAAAUGGAGAGAAAAGCACACAUUUAAUAGAGUUAAUGGAAAUAUUGAAAAGUUCCAAAAAUUCUAUAGAGAAAAAAUUCAUAAUGAAAAAAGGAAAGCAAGAAACCGUGAUAAAAAUCAUGUUAUGCAUCUGAUGAAACGUUACCCAAAUUUAGAUAUGGAAGCGGUAAAACAACAAUUUCCUUCUGUGGACAUAGAAAAAAUUAAAGAUUACAAAAAAGCUCGUGGACAUUUUGCUCCUUAAUUACUAAUUAAAUAAAUAAGUAUUUAGAAUCAUGAAAUAAUUUUUUUUAUUAUUUUAUCUAUAUUAUAUUAUACUUUAAAAUUU